GGGGGAACGUUGCCUUUAAGAGCAAUGAUCUUGGGAGUGACAUUGAAGGAAGGGAGGGCACUUUAACGCCCUCGCAUGAAGCUCUAAGCUCUGCAUUGAGCCUCUAUCUCCAACCAGGGGUGUGAGCACCAGCUCGCAGAGGGGGGCAAGCAUCCUACAGAGAGGUAACACCAAGCUCCUGUUCUGAUCGUGCCCGUUUGCACUGAAAACAAAAACGUGCUUUUCCUUUUGCAUUUUGGUGGUUUUUUUUUGCGCUGUUCGCUUCACCGCGCAUUGCAAAUUGUGCAGCCGCACAUUCCUGGCCACGAAUGGCAUUUGCAGUAAAACUUUGCGUCGAGGCCCCCUCCCGGGCUCAGAGCAGCCGCCGCUAAAAAAGCGGAGAGCCCAGAAGGAAGCGGAAAGGCAGAGGCGCCUGGAUUUAAAGGGGCACUACCCCAAUGCAGAGGGGAGAAAAAGCUACCAAUAAGAGUGUGCGGAGAGUGUUAUGGAUGUGUUGCCCCCGUGCUGGGUCAGUGAUCACACUGGCUUCAGUGGCACAAUUAAGAAUUCUGCCAGCGACUUUGUGGUGACUGAGAUCAAUACGCGUGGGCAGCUAGUCAGUGACAUUGGAGCUGAUAGCGCCCAGGAUUCUGAUGACAUUGAAAGCGAGCAAGAAAAGCCCCGUCCAACACAGAAGAAGAGACUGAAGAAACCGGAAAAAGCGCCGGAAACAUUUUCCGGUUUGCCAAUCUUUGACAAGUCGAAGAAUGCCAAUGUCGCACUAGGCAAGAUUAACCAGACUGCUGACAGCAAUUUACCUGAAUCUGCAGCUAAUUCUCCUUUAGUGCAAACCCAGGGAGAUGUGUUGGAUUUGCUUUUGGGUAGCUCACUGUCAGAAAAUCUGGAAAAAUUUGCCUUCUCGGUUAAAGAAAGUAAGGACGCUAAACAGGAGGGGACAGAAGACAUAGCUAGGCUUUUACUUGGAACCUUUGAAGACAAAUCUCAACGAGCAGCCAUUCAUUUGGCUGUACGGCAGAAAUUUCCUUUUCUAAAGACUGUUACCAGCUGCGGUGAGAUUGAGGUCAGGCUUGACCCUCAGUAUUCAGAACUCUGCCAACUAGUAUCUGAUGAAGAAGCCAAUGGGUUCUUUGGUUUCUUAGAUGCAAAAGAUAGACGUUCCAAGUUCACAUUUCAGCCCAGUAGGAAUAAGGAGCACCGGAAGGCCAUCCAUCAUUUUGUUAGCAAGUACUUUGGAAAACUGGUGGAAACAAAGAGUUUUUUGGAGCAAGAUGGCAGCAGUGAGAGGGCUGCAGUGAUUACUGUGAGAUUUAGAGACAAAAUCACAUCAGGCAGGAAACGAACUGCCAACGAUUGCCAGACAACUUACACAGCAUUUACCUUAUGUAAGGUGAACAUGGAAACCCUGGAAGCUAUUGCUUGCCUGGCGUCAGAGCUUGACGUGGUGGCAUCAGAUUUCAGUUAUGCAGGCAUCAAGGACAAGAAAGCUAUUACUUCCCAAUCGAUGGUGGUAAAGAAUGUGACAAUUAACAAGUUAAAAGCAAAGCAAUUAUCAAUCCAGAGCAAAGGCCUGAAAGUGUAUAACCUGCGCCGUGCAACUAAGCACUUACGGGUGGGCCAGCUGAAAGGAAACCAUUUCAGUAUUAUCAUCAGAAACGUCAGCAAGCACCAAGAAGAUGACCCUGACAGCAGUCUUACUUCUCGAGUGUUGGAAGCAAUUGAGAAUGUCAAGGAGAAAGGAUUUGUGAACUACUAUGGACCUCAGCGUUUUGGUCUGGGACAAAAUGUCCAGGCAGAUCAGAUUGGUUUGGCGCUUCUCAAGGGAAAAUUGGUGGAGGCCGUGCAUUUAGUCUUUACAGCAGAAGAAGGAGAUGACCCUGUCAAUCAGGCCAAGAGACAUUUUAUUCAGACUGAGGAUGCCAAGGGGACACUUGCUCUGAUGCCAGAGUACAAAACAAGAGAGCGAAUGAUGUUGCGUGCAUUAAACCGCUACGGCAACAAUCAGGAGGGUUGUGCCCGGGCCUGGCUUAGUUUACCAUACUCCAUGCGUGUACUUUACGUCCACUCGUAUUGCAGUAAGGUCUGGAAUAGAGCUGCCUCUUUUCGCUUGAGGACUUAUGACUUGAAGGUUGUAGAGGGAGACUUAGUUGCCUGUGAUAAUCUCGAGAGGGAUCCAUUGAAUCAGGAAAAUGCUCAGGUGCACGUUGUGACAGCUGAAGAUCUGAAGUCAAACAUUUACACAAUUAACCAAGUCGUUCUUCCAAUGCCUGGUAACAGUGUCCAGUAUCCAUGCAAUAAACUUGCAUUAUGGUAUCAGGAAACUUUGGCUAGGGAUGGACUACAGGGAUGCAAGUUUAGAAUCCCUGCAUUGCAACUGAACAUACCUGGAUGCUACCGGCGCCUCCUAGCACAACCUCAGCAACUAGUGUUUCGGUGGUUAGAGGACAAGGAAAUGCCAUUUGCACAAGAAGGCUGCGUCUUUGCAACUGAUGACUCCAAACAGCCUCAGGAAAUGAGAGACUCUCUUUCUGUGUCCUUCAGUCUGAAUUCGUCAUGCUAUGCAACAAUAUGUUUGAGAGAAAUCAUGAAAUGCAAUGUGUAAUUCUUUUUCGAUUUAUUGUUAUGAUAUAUUGACUUUAGUCACAGUCUGCCAAAUUUCCAUAUUGUCGCCGGGGGGUGGGGG